AUGGGACUCUCGCAGUCCUCCGAGGAGGAGUGGAAGCGUGAGAGCAGGACUGACUUCUGGUGGGGGCAGAUGCAGGAGGGGUUCCGGAACCAGAGCGACUUCAACUGGGACCAGAUCAAGCAGCUGCACCAGAGGUUCCGGCUGCUGAGCGGAGACCAGCCCACCAUCCGGCCCGAGAACUUCGACAACGUCCUGGACCUGGAGUUCAACCCGAUCCGCUCCAGGAUCGUCCGCGCCUUCUUCGACAACCGGAACCUGGGCAAGGGGACCAGCGGUCUGGCCGAGGAGAUUAGCUUCGAGGACUUCCUGACCAUCAUCGCCUACUUCAAACCGCUGCGCUCAAGGCACUUGAGCAAGGACGAGGCGGAGACGUACCGCCGGGAGAAGAUGCGCUUCCUCUUCCACUUGUACGACGAGGACUGCGACGGGCUCAUCACGCUGCAGGAGUACCGCAGGGUGGUGGAGGACCUGCUGUCGGCGAACCCGCAGGUGGAGAGCGCGUGGGUGCGCUCCAUCGCCAACUCCAUCGCGCACCGCGCCUUGAAAGAGGCAGCCAGGGCAUCCGACCAGCCGCUGGAGGAGGGCCAGCAGUACCAGGGCAUCACCUUCGAGGACUUCGUCAAGACCUGGCAGGGCAUCGACUUCGAGGUCAAGAUGCAAGUCAGCUUCCUGAACCUAGAAGCCAUGGCUUUAUGCCAGUGA